AAUUUCUCGUCAUGAUCAUGAGCUGCUGCCUGGACCUGUAGGAUCUAGCUGGCGCAGCAGCAGCAGCAGUAGUCCACAGCGUUGAGUCUGCGAGGCUGAGACAGCGGCAUCUGUGCUCGGCUGUUGCGAGACAGAUGAGAUGGCAUAGCGACUAGACAAGCUAACGUUACCUUGACACCUGGACGAGAUUGUGUCUUUGUUUUUUCGUCGGUUUGCUGUGUUUUAGUUAGCUAUUUGCUUAAGCUUGCUAGACGCAGGUUAGUCACCAAUGCCCUCACAUAGAUGUCGAUCUAACUUGCUGCAAGCUAGCGUUAGCUCGCUGCUGGUACCCUUCAGACAUUGAAGUGGCCGCAUAAACAUGCGGAUCAUCGAGGCGGAGACCCCUGGGACAUCUCUAACGUUAAACGCUUUCUGCAGGACACGAGUUUCGACUAGCCGCUGACUGGACUCUGCAGAGUCUUUGUAAAGGGGGAAAGAGCGACGGAUCUCAAGGACCAGAUUGCCUGCUGAACUUUUUGCCUCUCAGACAGAUCGCCAGGGACCAUGCUGACCAUUCUAGCUGCUGGGUCUAUGUUCUUUCCAGGCCUUUUCCUACUGUCCAAACAAUGCCUAAAGGCCAUCCCAGCACUGAGGUGGAGCGAAGGAGAUGCAGUCAUUGUAUCUGCCAGGUUGGUUUCAUCAGUUCAGGCAGUCAUGGCUUCUUCAGCUGGCUACAUCAUUGCUUCUUCCUGCGAGGACAUCCUCGAGGACCAGCAUUGGUUGACUAGCUCUUACAUCAUGUUUGCCGUUCCCUACUUCGUGUAUGACAUCUACGCAAUGUUCAUGUGCUACUGGUACAAGCUGCGGGUCAAAGGGCACGAGGAGGCCUCGGCAGCCCCCCAGCAUAUGAGCACAGCUCUGACCAGCUACUUGCGUCGCGAGUUCCUCAUGGUGCUGCACCACGUUGUCAUGGUCACCGUCUGCUUCCCCGUCUCUGUGUUUUGGCGACAAGGAAAGGGAGAUUAUUUCCAGGGUAUAAUGUUUAUGGCUGAGCUCAGCACUCCAUCUGUCUGCUUAGGAAAAAUACUCAUCCAGUACAAACAGCAACACACUCUCCUGCACAAGGUGAAUGGGGCUCUUAUGCUGAUCACUUUUUUCAUCUGUCGAGUCCUCCUCUUCCCUUACCUCUACUACGCCUAUGGAAGGUACGCGUCCAUUCCCUUCCACAUGGUUCCCCUGUCGGUGCCCUGGCACUGUAACCUCGGUGCUGCUCUGCUCAUGGCGCCCCAGCUCUAUUGGUUCUCCCUAAUUUGCCGGGGCGCCCUGCGACUAUUCACGGGCUCCACCCGCUCUCAGAGACCACGUGCGACAACAGACGCAGCUAAGGAGAAGCAGAUGGAUGGCAACGCACUGCCCCAGCCUGCCAACGGCUACAGCGCAUGCUCCUCGGAGCCCGAGCUGGCCACUCACUGAGAUGAGUGGCGGGGAGGGUGGGGAGGGAAGGAAGGCGAAUGUACCAAUGAGUAUGUAAAGGAAAGAAAGCUGUGAGGGAUAAGUGAGACUUGAAACAAGUAGCAAUAUGAAGAAAGCUACAGAUGAUGGCCUCAAAUAGUGCUGAAGUGUUUGUGGCCAGCAGUCAAACUCUUGACAGCUAAACGAUUUGGUUGCUGGCCUUCAAGCACUUCAGCUUCUCAAUUUGUAGGAAACAAGUUGAGUGUUAGUGCACUCAGUAUUUGAAGAUGUCAUCAGGCACUGUGACAGAUAACAUGAAGUAACAUGCACUGACCUGAGAGGAAUUUGCCUGGAUGUAUAGCAAGCAUAGGUGGUUAUUUCCCUCAUGUAGAUCAAAUUCAGUCCUCUCUGCCUCAUGGUAUAGGAAGAGCAGGAAAAUAGGAAUGUAUUAUAUUGUAUGUUAGUACAUUUGCUGUAGAUGAAAGGCCUAAUUCAGUUUAGUAAUGAAGAAAAAAUGUCAGCUAAGCAGUAUUUUGACUUGUUAGUAUUUAAUAUCUGUAUCCUCUAUGUAGUCACUGUCACUCUAAGAAAAUGUAACCAACCUGCAGACUGACUCAUCUUUAGAAAGGAGAUAAUCUCGACUGUAUUCUGCUGCCUUAUCCCUUUUCCCCAUUCUUUGCCGUUUCUUUAGGUUUUUAUUAAUUUUUUGUAUCCUCGGAGAAGGAAGAGGCUUUCUCAGACAGAAAAAAUGUGACGGGUGUACAUAGCCGAUGUAAAAUUGUCCCUUUUUCCAUGUCAGUAUUAGGUCGAUGUUGGUUUUUAAUUAUUUUGUGUGUGUGUCUCACGUUUUUUUGACAUUUCAGCAUUAAAACACUGUUGUACGGCUUAGUGUACGCAAACUUCCCUCAAACGUUACGACAGUGCUUCUUGUUUCAGUGUAGAUAUGACUUCAUUCCAUUUACUGGUAUCACAAAGUGUUUUUUUUUUUGCAUACAAGGAAGUGAUGCACAGUAGCAGUCACUUUAAAAUGAGUGUUUAAGUUUGAUGCUGAUAUAAAUCAUGAAAUAUCCAUUUGAUUGGUUGGAAUAUUUCAUUAAGGAUACAUAAGAUUUGAGUAUUUAUAGCUUUGUCAGGGGACUUGCAAUGUUGCAGUUUGAAGGGAAACAAAAGCGAAAAAUAAUCUCGUAGGGAAGCAUUCUCUUGUGAUAGACCUGCAGCGCAUUUGUCCACGGCAACUUAUUUUGAUGUUGCUCACUUCAUUUUUUUUUUUUUAACCAUUAUUUAGUCUAUGAAUUGUUUUAAACCUUAUACAUUGUAUAAAUUGCUUCAAUCAAUUAGCCGUUUAUUUGAGCCACUGGUUCUAUGAACCUUCUAUGAACAAACUGGCUAGUUUUUAUCAUUUUAUGUUUGUUUAAAGCAGCUUCACUGUCCUAGAAAUGGGUAAAGAAAAAAUAGAAAAUGCUCCAAAACCAUCAAGACAGGGCAACAUGUGCCAAAACAUCUGGACAACUGUGGGCAUGUUGAACACAGAACAUCCAUUCCCGUUUCAUGAACUUAAGGUACUGCUUCUUGACAAUACUAAAACAUUUCAACUGAUGUACUGUAUAUUCCACAAAAUGCUUGUUAUUUAUAAGUAUUUAUUUAUUUAUUUGGUUUGUGGUUUUGAAUGCAUAUUUAUGCAUACAUAUUAUACUAUAUGCUUCUGAGCCUUAUGUAAAGGCUGUAUUGUUACUCCAACUUAGUUAAAAUAAACUUCUCUGUCCUGA